AUGUCCAAAGGGAAGGCGUUAACGACGCGUGCAAAACCUAAAGCCAAAAUAAAUGCCGCGUUAUCACCUGCUUUCACAAAGCCCACAUCACCGCAACUAACAGCGAUACCUCCCACACGCGCUCAUUCAGCUGCGUACCACUACCCGCUCAUUUUGGAUGAUGAGACCGCAAGUAAAGAUCUAUUAGGAUGGUUUGAGGGCAUCGAGGAAGCGAGGAAUAUGCCCUGGCGCAAGAAAUGGCUUGAUCCUGCUGAGUGCGAGGGCAAGGAAGAAGACUUUGGAGCGUUGUUGGAAAAGCGCGCGUAUGAGGUGUGGGUCAGUGAAGUCAUGUUGCAACAAACCCGCGUUUCAACAGUAAUCCCAUACUUCAACAAUUGGAUUUCGAAAUGGCCAACCGUUGAGUCACUUGCUCAAGCCUCCCACGACGACGUCCUCUCAGUCUGGAAAGGCUUGGGUUACUAUUCACGUGCAACGCGUCUCCACGAGGGUGCCAAAGCUGUGAUCUCAAUGCAACCCUCACAAUCAUGCAAGAUCCCCAGCGGUGUUGUAGAGUUGCAAAAGAUCCCGGGUAUCGGCAGGUAUACAGCUGGCGCCGUCUCGAGCAUCGCGUUUGGGGAAGCGGAACCCGUACUCGAUGGGAAUGUGGCUAGAGUCCUGAGUCGACAACUUGGCUUGUAUGUUGAUGCAAAAGAUAAGAAGAGCACGGAUGCAUUUUGGGAGGUAGCAGAUCAGUUGGUCAAAAGCGUGGCUGGGCAUCCCGAGAAAGGGCGAAGUAAAACCCCCGGACAAUGGAAUCAAGCAAUCAUGGAAUUGGGCUCGACCAUCUGCACUCCAAAGCCGAAAUGCGACGAGUGUCCGAUUCGCAGAACUUGUAGGGUGUACGCUGAAGGGGAAACACUUUCGAUCAAGAAAGCGGCAGCUACUGAAGUGCCGGACAUCGAAGACGCAUGUACGCUGUGCCAGCAGCUGGACACUGAGGACCUAGCCACAGCGCCCGAAGAACAUGACGACGACGAAGAUGAUGUCCCAGCAAAGCCGGCGAAAAGACAGAAAACAGAACAGAAACAGUCGAAUAAGCUAUCCAACUACUUUACCUCGAGCGCUCCGAAGCCAAAGCCCGCAACACCCACGCCCUCCACAUCCACUUCCUCCCCUCCUCCAUCUACGAAGAGAAAAACUCCAACAGCGACACCAGCACAAGCAAAAAGGAUAGCGAUAUACUGCUCUCUCUUCCCCAAAAAGAUGCCCAAAAAAGCCGUCCCCGAAGAAGACGCCGUAGUCUGCAUUAUCGAAGCCGCACAGGAAGAUGGGCAGAGUAAAUGGUUCAUUGAGCAGCGACCGGCGAAAGGUCUCCUUGCCUCCCUUUGGCAAUUUCCGCAGCAAACACUCCCAAAUACAGAUAUGGCGCACACCGCCGCGACACGUAAAGCCGCUGCGCGAGCCUACGUCGAAAGUCUUGACCUGGGCGCGGUUAUAAGUAACACUGUGCACUUGCAGGAACUCGGGUCGUUGGUGCAUGUGUUCACGCACUUGAAGCUGACGAUGCACGUGGUUCACCUUAGGUUUGGGAUAGAUGGGAAGAUGCUCGAGGAGACGUCGGGCCGGAAGUGGGUGGAGACGGAGAAGAUGGAGGGUGAGACGCUGUCGACGGGGAUGCGGCGGUGUUGGGAUCUGGUAAAGAAGAAAACAACAAGCGUGUUUGGGUGA